GUCGUUUCUUAAUUCUUUCCUUUCUCCGGGAAAUACAAUACGAUGGCGUCUGCUGGUAAUAAAAACAACCCUCGCGUACGGCAGAGAAGGGAAGACACAGGCGGCGAUGACGAGAUAAGCGCGAAGAAGGACAAAAUUGAGCCCGACCGACCGGAGUCUUGUUUGGACGAGCCCAUGGAUUCAACCGUCCACGAGGUCGUCAGGUUCGCGCCGUCACCCCUCCCAGUCAAACACUACGAUGCCGACACCACCGAACCAAUCAGCUGCGGCCUUUGCACGAUGGAGGAGCUGCUGUCGUGGAAACGAAGCGAGGCGAACCCCUUCAAUGCGGCGGUGGUCCCUCUGGCGCCCCGGGAGCCCCCUCUGGCCAGCUCUGCGCAGCGGACCUUAGUGUCUCAUGACAUGAUGGGCGGCUACCUCGAAGACAAGUUUAUCCAGGGAACGGACUCAGAUGCCCCAUAUGCCUUCUACCACUGGCAGUACAUAGAUAUUUUCAACUACUUCACACACCAAAUGGUGACUAUUCCUCCUGCCGUGUGGACCAACGCUGCACACCGACACGGAGUUGUCGUUCUUGGGACUUUUAUCACGGAGUGGACUGACGGAGCCACGAUGUGUGAGGCCUUUCUGAAGGAUGAGGAGUCGUACCGGCGGGUGGCUGACAAGCUGGUCCAGAUCAGCCACUGCUACAGCUUCGAUGGAUGGCUCAUUAACAUAGAGAACCCCCUCAGCGAGGGCGCAGUGAAGAACACACCUCUGUUCCUGCGCUAUCUGACGGACCAGAUGCACGAGCGAGUGCCCGGCAGCCUCGUCCUCUGGUACGACAGCGUGGUCGAGACUGGACAAUUGAAAUGGCAGAACGAACUCAACGAGCAGAACAGCAUGUUUUUUGAUGCGUGCGACGGUUUCUUCACCAACUACAACUGGACAGAGGAGAGCCUGGACUGGAUGAAAGGGUACAGCGGGGCCCAAGGCCGCCAGGCUGACAUCUACGUCGGGGUGGACGUGUUCGCAAGAGGAAAGGUGGUGGGAGGGAUGUUCGAAACAAACAAGGCGCUGGAAAUAAUCCGGAGGCACAACUUCUCUACAGCCAUCUUUGCUCCGGGCUGGGUAUACGAAGUUCACGACAAGAGCGAGUUCCGCAGCAAUCAAGACAAGUUCUGGGGUCUUCUGUCAGACUAUCUGCCCAUUCAUCGGCCUGCCUCGCCUCUCCCCUUCAUAUCCUCCUUCUGCCAGGGCUUUGGGAAGACUGUCUACUGGAGAGGACAGCCUGAGACAAAAAAGAAUUGGUACAACCUGACCGCCCAGGAGAUCCAGCCCUUGUACUACCGCAUGGACCUGGAGGGUCAGGGCUGGCUGAGGAGCUCCGGCUGCCCGGAGGACGCCUGGACCGGAGGCUGCUCAUUGCUGCUUGACGGACUCAUCCCUGCAACUCGCACGACUCCGGUUUGCGCCAAGAUCUUCUCCCUCCAUGUACCCAUGGCAUCCCGGACCCUGGUGACCCUCAUCUACAAGGCGUCUGCCGGGGUCACAGUCUCAGCGGAGCUAAAAACAGCAGACACCAGUCAGUGCACACACUCUGACGUCAGCGUAGAUACACUUACCAGCGUGUCUCCUGAAGUUCUGGAUGACAGUCACGAGCUGGUGCGCCAGUUCUCUCAGCUGUGUGGAAACUUGGAUUCAGAUGGCUGGACUGUCAGUUGUGCGCAGCUGGAGCUUCAUGGUUGUGUUCUUAAAGAGGUUUGUGUCAACAUCCAGCGGGACGGAGAGUCUCAGGACACAACUUUCAGCUGCAGACUGGGAGAAAUCACGGUCAUGGAUGUAGCCAGUCUGCAGGUGCCUCCCGAGAUGGUUCAGGGCCUGUGCAUUGAUGAUGUGGUUUGGCUGCGCAGUUCCUGUCCUGAGCAAGAGCCUCCCUGCCUGCACUUCAAUGCCACCCUACGCUGGGACUACCCACUUGAACUCGUACGCCACUUCAGGAUACACUGGCGUCGACUCAGAGGACCCGAUCCCAGGAUCCCUCCAGGUCAGCUGGUGCUUGUUGGCCACGCGUACUCCAAUCUGUUCAGGGUGACGGAGCUGGUUGUGCCGGAGCCACCUGGCCUUCUUGAGCUGGUGGUGGAGCCGGUGAUCAAGAAGGGCUUCGUGAUCCCGGAGAGUCACUGGGGAAGAAGAAGCCUCAGCUACACCUCACAAUGAUUUCACACAAACGUCAAACCGACUGCUUCUCCACAAAUGCUGCUGCUGAAAUCACGACUCCGAAGUAGACCUCAAUAUUUUCAAGCUGGUGCACGUUAACCCUCAUUUACUACCUGAUAUUAAUUUAGUUUAUGCAUUUACUUUCUGUUGUGCUUAUUCAUGUUACUUUUGGUUUACAAGGUUUCAAACCUAGAAAACGAGCCAAGAAAUCAUUUGAAGGAUUGUAUAAUGUCUUUGAUAUUAAAUGCUGGCCUUUCAAAGAUUUUAUUGUUCCAUUUCAAAAUAUGGCUAACAUUUUUGGUUAUGCAGAAGUUACGCCUAGGAAUAAUGGUGCUUUAAAUGAAUGAUCUUGAAUUAGUAUCUUAAAUCAGAAAUAUGCUUUAUCUCUUCGUAGCCUGGGAUGAUUGCCAUUUUUUUAUUACCUAGCUUUGGGAAAGUUGUAUUGUGAGCAACGGUUUAUAUGAAAGAUGCACUUAAUUGUUUAUAAAGGACAGUGAAUGUUCUUUUCAUGUACCAAAUUUAGGAUGAGCAAUGAUUCGUUCAUCAAAAUAUAAAUUGAAUUUAAAUUUUACUUUUGUAAGAAAUAGAAAUAGAACGAUUUCAGGUGUUUUUUUUUUUGUAUUUGCAUUGAAGUUAUUCACUACCCUGUAGUACAAAUAACUGACUUUUUAUUCACCUUCUACCAUGUAUGCACAUAUAAGUAUCAUGUAAUCACAUCUAAAUCACGUACUGUACUAUAUAUAUAUGUAUGUAAAAAAAGAAUUCCCAGCAGCUUUAUGACGUGAGACUAUGACAUGUAAUUUCUUUUCUUGUAAUUCCUGAGUAUAUAUAUAUAUAUAUAAACAAUUUAUAAACGCAUCAUUUAUUUUUAAAUUUUUUAUAAUGAAGAUUGUGCUCUUUAUAUAAAUGAAUGGGUUUGCACCAUG